AUGAGGAAACUCAUGUCUUCAAAGAUGAUGAAAGGUUCAUUUGUGCGCGAGCACGUGCUUGGAAUGAUUAAUCAUUUCAAUGAGCUGGACGUGCUCGGUGGAGGAAUCGAGGAUUCUACUAAAGUAGACAUGGUUCUCCACACUCUGCCCAAAUCCUAUGAAAACUUCCGACUCAAUGCCGUAAUGGGCAAGAAAAAGUUCACUCUAAAUAAACUGCUUAAUGAGUUGGUAGCGGCCGAGAGGGUCAUGGGAAAGAGUCCACAGGCUUUGGCCACUGCCACAAGACCCAGUUUUCCACCGAAAGGUAGGAAGAAGAAAGGGCCCCAUGGCAAGAGAGGCCAAGCAAAAGGGGUUCCUGCAGACAAGGGAGCUUAG